AUGGCUGACGAGCAGCUUGCCGUAGGAGAUGACACGAUCACCGAUCUUGGUGAUUACGUGCUCGAAGACCUUCCUGAUGGCGCCUUGCCGGAGCUUAACGGAGAGCCUGCUGCUAAGAAGCAGUGCGGUGAAGGGACAUCCUCUGGCUCUGCCGGCCCCAGCACUUCUACGGCCGCGCCGCCGGCGUCUCAGCCGAUGCGGCGCUCUAACUCCUCCGGCAGCUCCGCGACUACGGCCCCCUCGUCCCCCCGUCCGGCGGCCCCACCGAGGCCGAGGUCUGCUCCGCCCUCUCGCCCUCAGCCCCCGGUCCAGGAAGCCGCGGCUGAGCAGCCUCCUUCUGGCUCGGCUUCCAACCUGGCCCUCUCGGUGCGCUAUCGUAACCUUCGCUGUCACCGCCCCUCGGUGGGAACUGAGCUCCGGUCCCUGACGCACAACUCGCAGUCGCUAGUGGCGGUAAUGUUUCCGAAAUGCUCCGAGGAGGUUCGGGAGAGUAUCCUCGCCCGGAUCGCUGCUGCCCUUCCCGGACCGGCGGCCUUCAAUGGCGCCGUUCCGCAAUUCGAUGCGGCCUCGGGUGAGCCGCUGCGCCUGCCGCGCAAGAUGUACUUCUAUCAUAUCUACUCCUGGCCCUCCGAUGCUGACGCUCGCACCUUCCGCGAGCUGUUUGCGAAUCCUUUCCUGGUGCGAAUCCACAACAGCCGCCCGAUCGAGGUCAAGAUCCACACGGACCCUUACCCUGACUUCUCGGCAGCCAAGGCUCGCGGGGAUACGCAUGUGGUGGUGCGGAACGUGCCGCUCGGCAUCAAGGCCGAGAACCUGCACGAAUCGCUGCUUACCGGCAAAACCGAGGACGGUCUUCCAUGGCUUGCGGACCUCCUGCAUUUUCACCGACUCAAAGACCCCUACGAUGGCUCGGCGUACUCGCAGAUGCUCGGCCUCCCUGUCGCGGCUGAGGGCGACCCUUCCUUUGAGCGUAUCUCGGCUAUCCUCUGGAUUUCGGACCAGGUGGAACCUGCCUUCCUCAACAUCUCCAGCCACUCGUGCUCUCUGUGCUCAAGCAACCAUCGGCUCGCGGAUCACGCCUGCUUCGCUAUCACCCGCCGCAACCGAGUCUCCAACAGGCAGACUAUCACCAUGUCCGCUCUCCAGGCGGUUAACGGAAAGCUCCUCGGCCAGAAUGCUGCUACGGCUGCCUUCAAGAAGGACCCUGGCCUAGUCCUCAUUGGGCUGGACCUCGAUGUGGAGGUUUGGGCCUGCUCGGUCUGCGACUUCGAGUGUGGCAUUGCGCUCGACAUCGCGAUGUUCCAUAUCAACUCCGACUCCCACCGCACCAAGUUGCAGGAUUCCGCGCACCUGAACGCCACCAAGGACAAAUACGGGGCCUGGAAGGCCGAAACCGUGGUGCAGCACCACCGCAUCAAGGCUCUUCUGCAGUAG